UUCUUUUUAAAUAGAAAAGGUAGAAACACUUCUGGUUGUACCACGUUACUCGGCCGUGCUUAUAAGUAACGGCAGUCCACCGAAGGUAACAUAACAAGAAGGUGGUCUUUGCGUCUACAAUUCAUCUACUGCGCGAGAAAAAUGGGUUUGAAGGAGGAAUUUGAGCAAUAUGCUGAGAAAGCUAAAACCUUACCAGAGACCACAACAAAUGAAAACAAGCUCAUUCUCUAUGGACUGUUCAAGCAAUCUACUGUUGGACCAGUGAAUACCAGUCGUCCUGGAAUGUUCAAUAUGAGGGAAAGAUACAAGUGGGAUGCAUGGAAGGCUGUUGAAGGGAAAUCUAAAGAGGAAGCAAUGAGUGAUUACAUCACCAAAGUAAAACAGUUGCUGGAGGAGGCUGCUGCGUCUGCUUGAUGUUCCCAGCUUUGUCAUCUAUGUUUGAAUAAGUAAAACUAAGAAUAAACAUUGUACUUUUCUUAUUGCUACCAUGUUAUUCUUGAAUUAAGCCAAUUUAAAUUAGAUGUAUUUUAUGUAUUUCUAGCAUAAACAAGCUCAAAUGAAAUGUUUGUGGCACCUGCCCUGAACAAAAAUUGUGUAAAUCCCUGAAUCCACCACAAUCGCCAAGGUUAUCCCCCUCCAAAUGUAUACUGACAUCAGCGAUUGAAUUGAGAUUUGAAACUUUUCAUUUUGA